AUGGCAUUCAAGGUAUUUGCACUGGCCACCCUUGUGGUCGUCGCCAUCGCCCGUCCAGAUAGCCCUCCUACCUAUGGCUACUCUGCUCCCACUCCCUCUUAUGCACCACCCGCCAAGUACGACUUCAACUACAAGGUGACCUACAAUGUGAACGGAGACUCCGGUUACGUGGCUGAUGUGACCUACGAGGGAGAGGCUCAGUACCCAUCCCCAAAGGCCUCCUAUGGACCUCCUCAGCCAUCCUACAAGCCGCCCACCCCCUCCUAUGCUUAA